AUGAAUAAUCAUUCGGAUUCAUCAAAUCAUUCUCAUCAUAAUAAUGAGAUAAAAAUUAGUGAUUUUAGUAUUGACCACAUAUUAAAUCGGGCUGGUGAAAAUUUUUGUGGUACAAAUAAUUCAAAUAUAAAUACUUGUACAAAUUUAAUGUUAAGAACAGCACCAAUAUUUGAUUGGUUACAAUAUACAAGAUAUAGACCACCAAAAUUACCAAGACCUUUCCGGCCUGGACCUAUUAAAAGAACACCAGGAAGAUUACCUAGAGUACCAUUUACACCAGCCCAGUUAAAUACAUUAGAAAAUGCAUAUAAACAAUCAACAUAUUUAAGUUCCGAAGAUGCUAAUAAAUUAGCUUUACAAUUAGAUUUAACUAAUACAAGAGUAAAAAUUUGGUUUCAAAAUCGAAGAGCAAGAGAACGCCGUGAAAAAAGAGAACGUGGAGAAAGUCCUGAUAUUUUAACACCAAUAUCUAGUCCGGAAUUAAAUUUGAAUGCAGAAUCACCAUAAUUUAAUUAAAAUAAAAUUUGUGAAUAUUUUUUUUUUAAAUAAAAUUAAUGUAAAUAAUGUUAAAUAAUCUUAAAUAAA